AUGCAAAAUCAAGAAAUUGUAUAUGACAAAGUAGCAGUACCAUAUUUGUGUCUUUUUAAUCAGCAAAAUGAAGGUUUUUGUAGAAAAGGACAAACCAUACUUAAACAAAAAAUUAGUUAUGAAAAAAUACAUAGCGUUUAUAAAAAAGCUUUACAAAUAGCAUUACAAGACAAAAAAGAAUCUUUAGAUGAAACUGAUGAUAAUAAAGAAAAUUCAGAAUCUGUGACAGUUCAUUUACAAAAUCCAAAAUGUCAUUGUAGUAAGAGGCAUCCAUUAGAUAUUAAGAGAUUCAAGUCAUCUUAUGAAUCUUCUAAUAUAAAGAGUAUAAAGAAUCAACGUUGGUGUUUAAAGUGUAGAAAUGUUAGUCAUUAUCAAAAGAAAUGCACUGCAGAGUAA